AUGGCAGAUCCACCACCACUCUGCCAUUCGACUCCCUUGAAAGAUGCGAACCCCAAGACACUCGCAGGGACCGAAGACCAGAAACAUAAAACUACUGCCCCGGCCUUCGGUGGGGUCGGUACUACAAAGAACUUUUCUUUCGAUUUCGGCGCGUCAGAAGCCCGACAUGCUGUCACGGGUACGGAAUUGGAUGCUAUAUCAUUAACAAGUGAGCCUGAGGCCUCCACCAUAGAACUCGGGGAUACUGCCAUACCUGUUGAAGUCGAGCCUGAGAAAGCCAAAGCUACACCUAAAGAUAUCCCGUCUGGGUUGGUUGAAGAGUUUAGGGAGUCGUUGGAGUUAUCAAAGAAGCUUAACGAAAGUCUUCAGCGUUUAGCUGGUCAGUUGGGGCCUGUAUCUUUUGAUAUCAACGCGGACAAACAAAAAUUGUUAUCAGAACCAAAAGCUCCACAACCACCCCCUCCCAUCAACAUCAUCAGCAACGAUAUUGGCCUUUACGAAAUCCCUAGCUGGCAAGACAGAACUUCAAAGUGGAACCCAUCAGAGAGCAUUGAUCUUACUGGAGCAUCUCAGUUCCCGAUCGACCCUGACACGAUAUCAGCACCUUCGGGGACAUCUGCUGGUGCCAGUUUCCACUUGACUCGGAACAAGUCUUCUUUCUUUGUGCAGUCAGAGGCUUCAACAACUCGACCACCCAUCAACCUUCCAUCAAACAACAACGUCAUCUCAAACAAAGCUACUGAACAACCAUCUCAAGAUCCCAAAGCUACUCCUUUAGGAAUCAACGACGCGUCUAAACUCAAGCAGACCCUCUUUCCUUCUAACGUCGUCGAAGAGAAACCCCCAAUUCCUGAUCCAGAGCAGCACAAGAAGUUAAAAGAAGCUAGCAUCAGACAGUGGGCAAACCAUCUCCCUGUCUCCAAAACAGACGAAAAACACGUCCACGCUUUCGAUAUCGACAAACCCAUCAUCGAUAUUCCGACCGACAGCAUCCUAAAGCAGGAUACCUCACUAAAGUUUUCGCCACCAGAUCCAAAAAACCGUCUCCAGCGUCGCCACUCAGAUUCUUUCUGUUCCAGUGGCCGCGUUACGCAUAAAAACACUUCAUUUGUUGGCAAGAUUAAACCUUACGAUUUUGGAAGAGACCCAAAGCGUCGACCACGCACACCAACACGAAGAAUGAAGUACGCCAAUCGAUCCCCUGAUAAGUCCGAGCUUCGUAGCGACGACGAGCCGGAAGUUGAUGAUACCGAGCAUGCUGAAGAAAUCACUACCCCAGUAAAGUCCGCUGCUCAAGAUGAAACUGCCUCCAUCCUCACCGGCAAUGAUACCGACUACACCCCUUACAAAACUAAGCUCCUGCUUUCUGAGGAGGAAAUGCGCAAGGAGCCGUAUUUCUCAAAGCUCCUCCCCUUCAAAGAUGUCAAGAGGACAUCUGAGAAGAAUCGUAGAUACAAAAGGGUGUUCUACGAUGAACAGUGCCGAAGUAUCUGGAUCGGUGCCUAUGAAACGGUCAAGGCCCGAAAGACCGGCUCCUACAACCCCCUCACGGAGAAGAGGGAGUUCGACAAGAGGAAGGGAGAGCAGGAGAUAUACAAUCCUGCAGAUGAAAGUCGCGGAUCCGUCGACUAUAAGACCCACCAGGUCUUCGAGUGCUACUUCGGCAUGCUUGAAGUGAACGAUGAGAUCAAGAAGAUCACAGACAAGCAAGAAGCCGCUGGGGACGAGAUCCCCAAGCUGAAGGAGCAAUACGACAGCGGCGAAUACGGCGAGUUUGAAACCGCCGAAGUCAUGGCGCCAUACAUCCGCAGCCGUGAACUGGAAGUCACGACAAUUCUUCCAGACCAGUUGAAGAAGCUCAAAGUCCGCCAGACUUUGUUGAAACGGGCCGGGGAGAACAACUUGUGGGAUAUCGCUAAGAUGGACCACAAGUUCCACUAUAACGGCGAGAUGUUGGACGGAAUCCUCUUUAUGAGGAAUUUCUUUGCAGAGAUCAGCUCGGCCUACACGCAGGCCGAGCUGAAGGAGAUGGGGAUAGACAUUCCCCAUGAAGAGUUUUAA